AUGCCUUCUAAAGAAGAUACGAAAGAUCAACUACCAAUAAACAGAAAUUCCGUACAUCCUCUAAAUGUUAAGGGCACUUAUCCUACAGCAAAAAUGUACGGUGAAGGUACGAAGCAACCUUCUCAAAAAGGUGGCUUUGGUCAAAAAGUCCAAGAACAAGAAAUCGGUCGUGGAUUCAUUCCAAGAAAGAGGGGACAUUCUUCAGCUUGA